CAACAUCCUCCCGUCUCCCAUUUGUCCCUGUGCCCGUUUCUAUUCGGGAAGGAGGAAGUUUACGUGUCCGUGUUUAGUGUUGACGUGGCGAUUUCUGGAACUUACUUAUUAACUGAAACAUAAUAAAAUAUAUUAUUUAACAAUAAGAAUCUUGUUAUAAUCUUGCUAGUUAAAUAUUAAAGAUGUUGAAGUCAUUAUUUAUCGCUUUGACCAUCUCCGCUGUUUUCGCCGGCGUGCCUUCCAAUGAAGAGACGAAAAGACUGAUGGACCACCUGUCUGAUGUGGAACACUUCAAGAAUGAACAUCACAAUAAACAAUUCGACCACGACGCCUUUUUGGGAGAGGAUCAAGCCAAGACUUUUGAUCAGUUGCCACCAGAGGAAAGUAAAAGAAGGCUGGGCGUGAUUGUGGACAAGAUAGAUGUCGACAAAGAUGGAUUCAUAACGCCGGUGGAGUUGAAGGAUUGGAUCCGUUACACGCAGAAGCGGUACAUCGACGAGGACGUGGAGCGCCACUGGCGGCAGCACAACCCUGACAAUGAGGAGUUAAUCACGUGGGAUGCCUACAGGAAAAAUGUGUAUGGUUUCAUGGAUGAUAUGGAUCCAAAGGAUUACAAAUCACCAGAGAGUGAGGGCUUCACAUACUCAGCCUUGUUGAAGAGAGACAGGAGGAGAUGGCACUAUGCCGAUGCUGACCAGAAUGAAGCAUUGAACAGGACAGAGUUUGCAGCUUUCUUACACCCCGAGGAUCACUCCGGAAUGAAUAACGUCGUUGUUCUUGAAACCCUUGAAGAUAUUGACAAAGAUAAGGAUGGCAAGAUAUCUUUGGAGGAGUACAUUGGUGAUAUGUACAAACCUGAAGAUGGAGAGGAAGGCGAGGAGCCUGACUGGGUCAAGCAGGAGAGAGAACAGUUUACUGGAUACAGAGACACAGACAAAGACGGGUUCAUGGACGAGAAUGAGGUGAAGGAAUGGAUCGCACCGCCCGAGUUCGAUCACGCGGAGGCGGAAGCGCGCCAUCUUGUCUUCGAGGCGGAUUCCGACGCGGACGAGAAGCUCACCAAGGCGGAGGUACUCGAUAAGUACGACCUCUUUGUGGGCUCGCAGGCGACCGACUUUGGUGAAGCCCUGGCGCGUCAUGACGAAUUCUAAUUAAUAAGCAUCAAUACAUAAAAAAACCCAAGACGAACAAUCAAUAGACUUGUGGUAAUGAAAAUAGAGUGCAUAAUAUAUUCAUUUUUGAGCAGCUUAUAUAUGAAGUGAUUAUACGUGGAAUUUUAUUUUUUUUAAAUAAACUCUAUUGAUGGAAUAUGGUCGUCUUGGAUUUUUCUUGUAUAUUGUAAGUACAGUUUAAAGUCGUGUCAGCUGUUCUUAUUACCAUAGAAUUACCAACCGUCCUGUUUUUCUAGGACAUGUCCUAGUUUUUAUACUGUCCUGGGACGUCUUGAAUAAUGGA